GAAGUUCAGUUCUCACUUAGUCUUCAGGCGACAUGCAAGUGAUAUUUGGAAUCUUCUUGAUAUUCCGAGUUCUAGGAACCUCUGUUUCUGAGUUCUGCGACAAUGGAACUGGGGAGUGCAAGGAUCUAACAGCAACGGAUUGUCCGGCGGUGUUUUUCAACCUGCCCUUGAUAGGGAGUCUUGUCAAAUAUUGCGACGAGUUCAACGACAUCGUUUGCUGUCCCCUGCCACUUAACAUGCAAGCCCAAUCGCAACCAAUAUCCGCCAAUGUUGGUCUCAGGAGGUUCGAAAAGGAGUGCCGUCGCUACAACGAGAUAAGGGCUUCCUGCCGCUCCACCCCCUUCAUUGUGGGUGGCGCCAAGGCCGCCGGCCGGGAAUUCCCCUUCAUGGCGCUGCUGGGUCAGCGUGGGAAAAGCUCCUCUCGAAUCGACUGGGACUGCGGGGGCACAAUCAUCCACCCCAAGUUCGUGCUGACCGCCGCCCACUGCUUUGAGACCAGCGAAACCAAAGACCAGCGUCUGGACCCCAACUACGACUGCCCCAAGUACGUGGUUAGGUUGGGGGAACUGGACUACAAGAGCAGCUCGGAUGACGCCCAGCCUCAGGACUUCCGGGUGGUGAACUACGUGGUGCACCCAGCCUAUGGCGAAGACGACGACUCGGGGAGUCGCCAGAACGACAUUGCCCUGGUGGAGCUUGAGAGGGAGGCGAUCUUCAGCGAGUAUGUGGCGCCUGCCUGCCUGCCAGUGGCCAGCGGAGAGGAGCAUCUCCGGGUGACGGCCGCCGGGUGGGGAGCCACCGCGGAGGGAGGCCACUCCUCGUCGCACCUCCUGAAGGUUUCCCUGGAGAGAUUCGAUGAGCAGCAGUGCAGCGAGCGACUGGACCACAAGAUCGACGUGCGAACCCAGCUGUGUGCCGGCUCCAGGAACUCCAGUGCGGAUACCUGCUACGGCGACUCCGGCGGCCCCGUCUUCGUCCAGCAUCCCACGUACUCCUGCCUCAAGCAGGUCAUCGGCAUCACCUCGUACGGACUGGUGUGCGGCGUCCAGGGACUGCCCAGCGUCUACACCAAAGUCCAUCUGUACACAGACUGGAUAGAGAACAUCGUGUGGGGCGAGUAGGCGGCAAGUAUUUGAGCAAGUGAUUCGCAACUCCCACUGAAGGGGUGCCAAAUAAAUUUUGCACUUUUGCUCAAUGGAGAUGUGUUUAUUAUGAAUGAAUUUAUUAUUUGAGUAUUUGCCCGGGUAAUGCUAUAAUCGGUUACGAGUUACUUACCAGAGGUGUUAAGUGAAGAUAUUCAAUGCUCUUUUUAUAAUAAAGCAAAUUGAGAUAUAGCUGUUCCUAGAGUGUUACACUUUAAAUGCAAAAUAAAAUGUGAAAAUUAAAGAUGAAUAAUUCAU